UAGAGAUAGUAGAGAUAGUAUAGUAGAUAAAGAUUCAGAUCCUGAUUAUUUUACUAGUCUUACUCAACCCCUGCAAAACCUCCAUCUACCCCUUGACUUACAACUUGUAAAUAGUAUGCGGCACCUUCUACACUACAAUAGUAUUCGUGGUCCAACCGGCAGUAAAGAAGCCCUAGCUGCCACUCCUGAAUUCUUUCCAGCUAAACCUUCUUUAUUACUAAGUAGUCCUGAAUUUUAUCAAAAACUAGAUAUGGAUACACUCUUCUUUAUCUUCUACUUCCAUCAGAAUACACCCAGACAGUACUAUGCAGCUAAAGAACUCAAAAACUACUCCUGGCGAUUUCAUACCAAAUAUAUGGCCUGGUUUCAGCGAUUAGAGGAGCCUACAGUGAUAACAGAAGAGUAUGAACAAGGAACGUAUAUAUUCUUUGAUUAUGAAGUAUCUUGGAGUAGUCGGAAGAAGGAAAACUUCCGAUUUGAUUACAAAUACUUGGAAGAUGUAUGUCUAUAA